UGAGCGGCGCCGGGGCCGCCCCGCCAGCCCGCCGUUCCCCGGCCGCUGUCCGGGCGCGCGCAGCGAGCGGGCGCGACUAUGCCAAGAUGGUCCUGCAGGCGCGGAACAAGCACCGGGAGGCGGCCCCCAAGCCGCCCCAGCCACCCCGCGCCUCGCAGUCGCCGCUAAGGGGGGCGCCAGAUGUCGGCGCCGGGGAGCCCGGGCCCGAGCGCGCGCCCUCGUCCCCUCGGCGCAAGGGCGCCGCGGGCAGGAAGGGGCCCCGCGCCGAGCCCGCCCCGCCGCUCGCCGGGGGCGGCCUCGGGGGGCGCUUGGCGGCCGGGCUGCGCGGGGCGCUGGGCCUGCGGCUCUCGGGGCGCGGCCGGACCUGGACCACGCUCCUGCUAGCUGCCUUUGCAGCAGUGUUGCACUGGAGCCAUAUCACACACCUCUUUGAAAAUGAUCGUCAUUUUUCUCACCUCUCAACAUUGGAAAGGGAGAUGGCUUUUCGCACUGAAAUGGGACUAUAUUAUUCCUACUUUAAGACUAUUGUGGAAGCACCCUCAUUUUUGGAUGGAGUAUGGAUGAUUAUGAAUGAUAAGCUGACUGAAUAUCCCCUUGUUAUUAAUACAUUAAAAAGGUUCAAUCUUUACCCUGAGGUAGUCUUAGCCAGCUGGUACAGGAUUUAUAUCAAAAUAAUGGACUUGAUUGGUAUUCAAACCAAGAUAUGUUGGACAGUUACCAGAGGAGAAGGACUCAGCCCAAUUGAAAGCUGUGAAGGAUUGGGAGAUCCUGCUUGCUUUUAUGUUGCUGUAAUUUUCAUUUUAAAUGGACUAAUGAUGGCAUUAUUCUUCAUAUAUGGCACAUAUUUAAGCGGCAGUCGAUUAGGAGGCCUGGUCACAGUGUUGUGCUUCUUUUUCAAUCAUGGAGAGUGUACCCGUGUGAUGUGGACACCUCCUCUCCGCGAAAGCUUCUCGUAUCCAUUCCUUGUACUUCAGAUGUUGCUUGUGACUCAUAUUCUCAGGGCUACAAAACUUUAUAGAGGAAGCUUGAUUGCACUCUGCAUUUCCAAUGUAUUCUUUAUGCUUCCAUGGCAGUUUGCUCAGUUUGUACUUCUUACUCAGAUUGCAUCGUUAUUUGCAGUAUAUGUUGUGGGAUACAUUGAUAUAUGCAAAUUACGGAAGAUCAUUUAUAUGCACAUGAUUUCUCUUGCACUUUGUUUUGUUUUGAUGUUUGGAAACUCAAUGUUAUUAACUUCUUAUUAUGCUUCCUCUUUGGUAAUUAUUUGGGGUUUACUGGCAAUGAAACCAUGUUUCCUGAAAAUAAAUGUAUCUGAACUUAGUUUCUGGGUUAUCCAAGGAUGUUUUUGGUUAUUUGGAACUGUCAUACUCAAGUAUUUGACAUCUAAAAUCUUUGGCAUUGCAGAUGAUGCUCAUAUUGGCAACUUAUUAACAUCAAAAUUCUUCAGUUACAAGGAUUUUGACACUUUAUUGUAUACCUGUGCAGCGGAGUUUGAUUUUAUGGAGAAGGAGACUCCACUGAGGUAUACAAAGACAUUAUUGCUUCCAGUUGUUCUUGUCGUGUUUAUUGCAAUCAUUAGAAAGAUUAUUAGUGACAUGUGGGGUGUCUUAACUAAACAACAAACACAUAUAAGAAAACACCAAUUUGAUCAUGGAGAGCUGGUUUAUCAUGCAUUGCAACUGUUAGCAUAUACAGUCCUUGGUGUUUUAAUUAUGAGACUAAAACUCUUUUUGACGCCACACAUGUGCGUUAUGGCUUCCUUGAUCUGCUCAAGACAGCUAUUUGGAUGGCUCUUUUGCAAAGUACAUCCUGGUGCUGUUGUUUUUGCUGUGUUAGCAGCCAUGUCGAUACAAGGUUCAGCAAAUCUGCAAACCCAGUGGAAUAUUGUAGGGGAGUUCAGCAAUUUGCCGCAAGAAGAACUUAUAGAAUGGAUUAAAUAUAGCACUAAACCAGAUGCAGUGUUUGCAGGUGCCAUGCCUACAAUGGCAAGUGUUAAACUCUCUGCACUUCGGCCCAUUGUGAAUCAUCCACAUUAUGAAGAUGCAGGUUUGAGAGCCAGAACGAAAAUAGUAUAUUCAAUGUAUAGUCGAAAAGCAGCUGAAGAAGUGAAGCGAGAAUUGAUAAAGUUACAAGUGAAUUACUACGUCCUGGAAGAGUCCUGGUGUAUAAGAAGAUCCAAGCCUGGUUGCAGUAUGCCUGAAAUCUGGGAUGUGGAAGAUCCUGCUAAUGCUGGGAAACCUCCCUUAUGUAACCUCUUAGUAAAGGAGUCCAAGCCUCACUUCACCACUGUAUUCCAGAAUAGUGUUUACAAAGUCUUAGAAGUUAUAGAGGAAUGACCGCUGCCUACAGAGAAGUCCACCAGCAGAUUAACCUCAUUGUGGAUUGUCCUUGAGACCUGAGUCCUCAGGGAUGGUUUCCGGUGCCCACUCCGGGGAGCCAGUGAAGAGCUGUUCUCUUUCUGCCUUCUCACCAGAGCCCAAGGACAAGCCUGGUCUGGGGGAAGCACUAGCUUGCUUAGAGCAGACAGCUGCCGAGACAGCCUGGGCUGAGGACUGUGCAGCCCCCAGCCUGCCCCAGAGCCCGCCUUUCCCAGGGAGCCUCCUUCCAGCGGAGAUUGUCAGUGUCUUCAGGUGCCUGCCCCCUUUUUCUCACUUAUGGGUUGACUUAUUUCUUGGUCUUUUGCCAGUUUCAGAAAACAAGGAAGCAUCUGGGGAGUUGUGGAUUAGGAGUAGAAUUUGAGCAAUGAUGAAGCAAUGCAGAAAAAUAGCAAGUGGGCACUUGAGGUCGAGGAGGGUGAGAGGCACCACGGGCAGGAAGAGCGGAAGUGUGUGCUCUGCUUUAUUUGCCAUUGUUUCUCUCGGAAAUAUGUUUUGUACAUCCAGCAGUUAAAAUUUUUUUAAAAAAUUUUACUUUUAGUUAUUCUCUGUUCUUCCCACCUUUCAGUAAUUCCUUUCCCAGUAAGUUCACAUGUAAUUAUUUGAAAUUCUAUAUAGGAAAAACAUUAAAAUACUGUUAUAACUGUUUCGUAUGCUGGGAAAAGAUAAAAGUAAUCAAAUUAGUUUUGUUUUGUUUUUUUUUCAGAAGACUCCUUUUGUAACAGUAUUUAUUGAUGUAACUCCACCAGCAAGCUAUGAGUAUAUUUUAGGCCAGUCAGUUUAGAACAGAGGCCUUGGGCUACACUGCACACUCAGCCUUGGUCACAUCUGGUAGCAGCCGGUGCUGUAGAUUUUGAAUAUCUUUUAUGGCAGCACAGAGUAGUGGUAGGUUCGAUAUACAUGACAAAAUAGUAUUAAAGCUCAGUAUUUUAUGCAUUUUUAGCAUUUAAAAAUAUUUUGCUUUAGUGUGAGGAAGGUUAGGAUGGGCAAGGAAGUGAUAAAAUAGCUAUUGCGACAUAAAAAAAACAAAGUUGGGGCAGUAUUUCUUUAAAAAGAUAAGCCUCUAAAAGUGCUUAGCAGAAACAGUGUAGUGUUAAAAUAGAACAAUGAUAUUAAGGAGAAAAUGAAAGGAUGUAUCAGAAAUAAAGUGAUAAUGCAUAGGGGAAUUUGUAUUUUUAUGAAUUUU